UGUUGACAGCAAGCAGGGAAGGGUGCUCAUACGGGGCGUAAUGAUAGGUCCAUCACCGGGUCCUACUGGCGGCGUAAACGGUUCGUUAAGCGUCGCCGGAAUCAUUACCACACUUGCGGCGGGACUCGCGCCGCGCGAGGCGGUUUCUACCUUCCACCUGUCGAGUGCUAUUGUGCCGCGUUAGCGCACGGCUACUACUCGAGCUCCUCUCCUAAACAUGGCCGCGAGGAAGGGAAGGUCGAAAUGAUAGCGGCGAUGCCGAGAAGCUGUUACAGAGGAGCAGAGUUGUACAUAAUCUUCCUACUUCUGUCGAGGACGGCGGCGGGGUCGGACGGAUGGGCGAUCUGCGCGGGAGGAAGGCUCAAACAAGCCGAUAUAGAACAGAAAGCGGGACAUGGCGAGGACAGGGCGUACCGUCAGAAGGGAAACACGGUCAUUUUUGAGGUCGACAUCCAAAGGCAUAAGAUGACGAAGCAGAAAGACAAACUUGUAGCAGCCUUGCUCACAGAGGCGACAAUCACAACGCUACGGGACAUCGCAAUCACGCAAAACGACCACAGGAUACUAGAGUGGGUGGACGGCAAUGUUAGUCUGAUCACGGUCCACCCCGCCCCGCAGUUCCCGUUCGGCACGGAGAGGGGCACCACAGUUAUCGGCUACUAUGCAACCUUCGACUGUAGCUCAUGGACCUUUCCGGGAAGCCUCCUCAAACAGGUUGUAACGAGGAGCAAGGCCCAGCUGAGGGAGGUUGUCGGGGGUGAGGUCAUCGGGGACCCUGUUCUGUUCAUCCGAGGCUUGAGCAAUCAGAGGGCGAUGAACAGGGAAUAUUUCCUGGGCAUGGGUGCGCUGAGUCUGCUCGCUCUGCUGCUCCUAUGCGCAGGAUGGCAGGGGAAUGGAGAUGAGGUCAAGGAGCUUUUCCUGUCGGCAUGACGUCAGGAACAGGAAUUCUGCGAAAGAAGUCUCAUAAGGAUUCGAAGGGAUCAUGUUUUCCGCACAUUGUGGAUUAUUUGAAAAGGGGACAUUUUAAGAAUACCAAUAUUUCUGGGUUAUCCAACUAAUUUGUAUGCAUUGUAUAAUGGAAAUUUUCGUCCUCACUUAUUGCCCACGAAAAAAGUCAUGAUGUUACCAAAUGUGUUUGUUCCUUGAUCAGUGUGAUACGAUUUGAGCAAAAUAUGUUGAUGUAUGCCGAUGAAGGUUGGACAUCCAGGUAAUAAUAAGAUACACCCAAAAGCAGUUACUCAGGCGACUGAAUAUAUAUGAGUAUGGAAACACAUUGUCAAGUUAUCAGUCUGUGUUUACACCAUCGCUGGCUGGGGUUAAUGGCUGGCUGGGGCAACUCUAAGGCCGGCCGCUAGGAUCGCAAUUUUAGUCUUGGUUAUUGUCAACUGUGCCUCCACGUUACAUUCAGUACUAGUUGCUUGAGUAACUGCUUUUGGGCGUACGUCGGUGUACGUUACACAUCAAAUGUCGAUCUGGUGUUACGAACACGAACUUCUUUUCUCGACUUGAUACAAGAGAGACGAUGUAUGUAAGGGCGCGGUCACAUUGGUUGUGCGAUCGUCGUACGAUUUUUAUGCCAUAGGAUUUUCAAGCAGGCCGUGACAGAACCAACCACCGACAUGGAUCCAAAACAGCAUUUUGUGUACAAAGGAAAUUUACAGGAGGCGUACAAUUUUUGUCCUCCAAAAUGCCCGAAGCUAGCGAUUGUGCGACGAUCGCACGACCUAUGUGACCACGCCCUUACAUUAUGUGUAUGGAAACAAUGCACACGAAACCGUCAAAUAAGACACAGUUGACAAACGGUAGCGCGUUGACAUAGCGACCUUAGAGGUGACCUCAAUUGCAAAGGUCACAGACAAAAGAUUGUCCUGCAAGCUGGUCGCGAAUUGCUAUAUAUCUUACUGUGUGUAGUCAAUAUUAUAUACAUAUAAUAUAUAUUGCCAAGGCACUAUCAUUAUACAUGUACAGCCACUACUUAUAUAGCUCUCUACAUGUAUGCCCUUUAUGUAUGCUCACAUGCUAUAUUCAACAAUGCGAUAUUGAUAAUAAGCACAUAUACAAAUACUAUUGUUCAACGUGUUGCAAGUAUUACUUGUUGAGGGUUGAUGAUUACAAAAUGACAGCGACGACAAAUUCGAAUGCAAUAAAUCCAAACGGUUUAAGCCUUAGUAAGAUGGGAAACAUAUGGAAAUCUCUCCACAGGAAUACCAUUACUAUGCAAUCCAUGUAAAACUCUAAGACAUGGCAAUAAAUUUACUUGA